AUGAGGAUUAUCGUGGCUGAGUCAGGCCAUGAGUUCGAAUUGAGUAAUCCAUUUUCGAAAACAAAGCGAUCGGAACAUUUGGCCCAGCUGAAGCAGGAUAUAGAGACCAAGGUUCAGAUACACAGUGCAGAUCAAAUACUGCUUACAGUCGAUGGAACACAGAUCAAGGACAACACUGUGCUGGAAGACGAGCAGGAUGCAUCCACCAUCGUCUUCUUUAAUCGCCGUUUACUGCAAGAUCCAACGCUUGUGCAACUACCUGAAUUCGAUCUAGUUACAAAUGAAAUGAUACCUACCUUGGCAGAGUUGGAGUCUAUGAUUUAUACAUGCGAGACAGAGCCGGAUAAGGAGGACGAGAUGAAGCGCUUGCUCAGAGAUAUCAGCGAGACCAUCAUGGAGACAUGUCAGCGCCGAAAAGCUUGUAUAGACAAAUUGGCCCGAGAAACAAGUGGGCAAGCCAUUGCACUUGAAGCAGCACUCUCCAAUUUGGAGUCCCAUGUCAAAGCUGCCUAUCAGAACUUCGGCAAAUUUGAUCGUAUUGCGCAACGAGAAUUCGCCAAGCACACCAUUGUCAUUGACCAGAUAGCCAAUGACAUACAAUGGCUGGUUUCGACAUCGAUUCACCCUCGCAUCCUGAUACAAGUCAAGGAUCCUCAGGGCACCACAUUGGACACAUUUAUACCCAUUGAUCUGACGGAGCAGCAUCAGGAGCAAUACACCGCACUGCAAAAGCAGUAUCAUGAUCUUGCACAAGCUACCAUGGCGCAACGAAACAAAGUAGACUAUCUCACGCAACAGACAGCACACGUGGGCAGCACCAAUCGAACUGCCUUUGAAAUGAUGGUCGCUCAAGUACAGAAAUUAGCUUUGAAUUCAGCACAGGCCAUGCGUGGAUUGAUGGGAUGUCAGAAAAAGAUGGGAUCAAAGCAACAGGGCCGCAUGAGAGAGGCAUUGACAUCACUGUAUCGCUAUCACCAGGUCUUGUACGAUGCUGAAAGGCUGAUUGUACAGCAGAGACAGCUAGGGUUGCAAGGGUUUGUCAACUGCAUGCAGCACAUUAGCAAAGUGGAGGAGUCGGUAGCUCACAUAUAUCCGACACUGGCCGAGUUAGAAAAGCAAAUGAAGGGCUUACGGUUGAAUAUUGAGAAAAAGACGAGUGACAACCUACCCAAAAGACUGAUGCUUGGCUAUGGGCUGCUGUUAAUUGAAAUCUGGAGACGAGACAGAUACUCUGAGAUAGUGACUAAAAAUGCUAAUUUAUUGGGUGAUUUGUUUCGUCAUUUUGGAAAAAGAGAAGAGCGUUAUAGACAUCAUUUCAAUCAACAAUUGCAGUAUUUAACCAAGCAAAACGAGCCAUCUGAGCAACCAGUGAUUCUGCUGCCUUUUGAAAUGCAAGCUAUCAAUGAUGUGCCUGUGAUUUGCAAGACAUCAACUUCUGCCGUCUAUCCAUCUGAUCUUGUAUCCAGUGUUAUUACCAAGAACCAGAUUGAAGGCUUCAUUCAGUCCAUUCAAUACCAAGACAUUAGCUUUCAACUACACCGCAAAUUCGACAGAGAAUCCAAACGGCUGAAUAAAGGGCUAUCUCUAUUAGCAGGAUUACCGGGCGGACCAAGUAUGAACCAAAAGACUAUUACUUCUAUUCCUCUUUCUCCUUCAACUUCUUCCACAGCUACAGCUACGACAGAUUAUUCCAUUGACAUGAAACUCGCUUCUCCACCUCCAUCAACUACCCCCAACACUAUCUUUCAUCAAAAGGAGUGGGAGCUGGAAAAGGCUUCGAUUCUUCGUCAAGCUCAAGAAUACAAAAAAUACAUUGAAGACAUCCAUACAAAGCAUGAGAAUGACAGAGCCAAGUUUGAAAAGGACAAGCAGAGUUUGUUGAGAGAACUCUAUUCCAAAGACAAAAAGAUGGCAGAGAUCAAGGCGUCGUUUGAGCUCAAGAAAAAGAGCAUGGAAAAGAGAUUUCAAGAAGCCCAGACAGCUCACCAAUCCGAAUUACAGCAGUUGCGAAACCAAUAUGAUCACGCAUUGGAGACAGAACAAGCGACUUACAAACGACGUCUUUCCAACUUUUACGAUAGAAUCAGUGACAAGAACCAGGCAAUUACUCAACUGGAGCAAUCCCUCAGAGAAACCAAGAGUGCACCUACAUCUCCUACCAUCAAGUCAUUCAAACUCACUGUAUCACAAGAGCAAUAUGAUAAAGACAUGGCCAGAAUGCAAGGCAUCAUAGAUCAGUUAAAGCAACAACCCUCUGUCGACUUAAAAUCACAACUAGCAGCUCGAGAUCAAGAAAUUGAAGGCUAUAAAUCUACCAUUGCCACAUUAGAAGCCGGCCUUAAAGAGUCUAACGCAAAAGUAGCUCAAAUGACCGAGAGUGAGACUCGUAUGAAGCAAUUGGCCAUAGCUGAGAAUGCUCAAAUGAUGAUGCAUGCUGAAGCUCGAGUAGAGAAUCUGGCUGCUGAGCACAAGCAAAGCAUGACUGAAUUGGAGGAAGAAUACGAGAAUGAAAAGCGAGUACUGCAGAUCAAGCACCAAACUGAGUUGGAUCAGACCAAGCAGGACAUGGUAGACAAGCAGCAAACCUUACAAGAGGAGAUAAAGAUCAGAAUUGACCAAGAGAAAGAAGCAUGUAUGGCGAAACUAGCUGAACUGGAGUCUGUCUGGAAGAACAAGCUCACAUUAGCCCAACGCCAACAUGAACAGCAGAAGACACAGUUAGCAAACGAAUUCAAAAAAUUCAAACAAGAGACGAGUAUCAAGCAAAGAGAUUUGAUCACUUUGCGAAAGGAACAACAAUCUGCCAAACGUAUUGCUCAAGAUUUGGUCUCCAUGUCUAGCCCUCAGCAGCAACAACAAAAGCAUCUUGACGAUGUACCUCUGAUUGAUUUGCUCAAAAGAACACUGGGAAAUGUCGCCUCUUUACAAACUAAAACAAGCAUGAUGGAGCAAUCGAUGGACUCUUCUUAUUUAAUGAGCACCAGCUACGACUACUACUAA